GAGGAAAUGGACGAGUCUUCGCUGCUGGACCUGCUGGAGUGCUCCGUGUGCUUGGAGCGCCUGGACACCACCGCCAAGGUGCUGCCCUGCCAGCACACCUUUUGCCGCCGCUGCCUGGAGAGCAUCGUGUGCUCCCGCCACGAGCUGCGCUGCCCCGAGUGCCGCAUCCUGGUGGGCUGUGGUGUGGACGAGCUGCCCGCCAACAUCUUGCUGGUGCGCCUGCUGGACGGCAUCCGCCAGAGGCCCCGUGCGGGCGGCAGCGGCACGGGUAGCGGUAGCGGCAGCAGCAGUAACGGUGGCAGCCCCACUGCGCGCCCUUAUCCGGGCGCAGCCCCCGCGCUAGGGGGCGGUGGCGGUGGUGCAGCAGGCAGUGCCCCCGGUUCCCCAGUCUUUCUCCCCGCGGCGGCAGCGGGCACCGGCGCGGCGGCAGGCAGUGCCACCUCCAGCCUGCGGGAAUUGGCGGCUGCCAGCAGGAGCGCGCCUUUGGCAAAGAACCCGUGUAUUUCUCAACUUCCCUAUGGAAAAGCCCUCUACAGUUAUGAGGGGAAAGAACCCGGUGACCUCAAGUUUAGCAAGGGGGACAUCAUCAUCCUGCGACGCAAAGUGGACGAGAACUGGUACCAUGGAGAGCUCAACGGCAACCAUGGCUUCCUCCCCGCCAGCUACAUCCAGUGCCUCCGACCCUUGCCGCAGGUCCCACCCCAGGGCAAAGCACUUUAUGAUUUUGAGAUCAAGGACAAGGACCAAGACAAGGACUGUCUGACCUUCACCAAGGAUGAGAUUUUGACUGUGAUCAGAAGAGUCGAUGAUAACUGGGCAGAAGGAAUGCUGGGAGACAAGAUUGGAAUUUUCCCUCUCCUGUACGUGGAGCUCAACGACUCUGCCAAGCAGCUUAUUGAGAUGGACAAGACGUGCUUAGCGGCUGCAUGUGGCUGCGAUGCCUCCUCGCCCUCUGACCCCAGCGCGGCGGCCACUCUGGCCCCAAGUUCCACUUUAAGCAGCACAGGAGCGGUCAGUGCCUUUCAGCGGCGUAUUGAUGGCAAGAAGAAUGCCAAGAAACGCCAUUCCUUCACUGCGCUCAGUGUGACGCACAAAUCCUCCCAGGCCGUGAGCAAUAGGCAUUCCAUGGAAAUUAGUGCUCCGGUUCUGAUCAGCUCCAGCGAUCCCAGGGCUGCCGCCAGAAUCGGAGAGCUGGCUCACCUGUCGUCCAGUGCUCCAGCCCAGGACUCCUCCUCUUCAACUGGAUCCGCCACCAUGGCUGUCCCGCGAGCUGGUGCAGCGGCUGGAGAGCAGGGAACAUCUCCCAAAGUCCAGCUACCACUCAACGUGUACCUGGCGCUUUACGCCUACAAGCCCCAGAAGAAUGAUGAGCUGGAGCUGCGAAAGGGCGAGAUGUACCGAGUCAUUGAGAAGUGUCAGGACGGCUGGUUCAAGGGGACGUCCCUGAGGACUGGGGUCUCGGGUGUGUUCCCCGGAAACUACGUGACACCUGUCUCCAGGGUUCCUGUAGGAGGGGCUGGACCACCCCGGAAUAAUGUAGUUGGAGGAUCUCCACUGGCCAAAGGGAUGACUACAACCAUCCACCCAGGUGGUGGAAGUCUGAGCAGCCCAGCCACUGCCACCAGACCUGCCCUUACACUCACCACACCUCAGGCCCAUGCCCAGCACCAGGCAAGCUCUCCCGCAGUGGGCAGUUGUCUGCGACAUUCAGCCCAGCCGGCAGCCAGCCAAGCCCGGAGUACCAUCCCAACAGCGGCCCACUCCGCAGCUCAGGCCCAGGACCGACCAACUGCUACGGUGUCGCCCCUCCGGACCCAGAACUCUCCAUCCCGCCUGCCCACUGCUGGCCUCAGGCCCCACUCUGUGGUGUCCCCGCAGCACGUCCACCAACCUCCGAUCCAGAUGGUCGUCGGGGGUCAGUGCCCCCGGCCGGUCAUCCCCCUCACGUCAGCAGCGUCAGCCAUCACCCCUCCCAACGUCAGCGCGGCCAACCUCAGUGGGGAGACCGGCGGGGGGCCCGUCAGUGGCUUGUUGACAUCCAGCCCCACCAGCACAGGAUGCAAACCAGAUGAGAAGAAAAAUGAAAAGAAGGAGAAGAAGAGUGGGCUGCUGAAACUUCUGGCAGGAGCAUCAACCAAAAAGAAGUCACGUUCCCCACCGUCUGUUUCGCCAACCCACGACCCCCAGGUGGCGGUGGAUGCCUCACUCCAGGGCGCUGUGGGGCCUGAAGUGUCCUCACUGUCCAGCCACGGGAGGGCGGGCUCCUGCCCCAUAGAGAGCGAGAUGCAGGGCGCAAUGGGAAUGGAGCCACUGCACAGAAAGACGGGCUCCUUGGAUCUCAACUUCUCCUUGUCCCCUUCGAGGCAAGUGCCUCUUUCCAUGGCUGCUAUCCGCCCCGAGCCCAAGCCGUUGCCCAGAGAGAGGUACCGCGUGGUGGUCUCGUACCCCCCUCAGAGCGAGGCGGAGAUCGAGCUGAAGGAAGGCGACAUUGUCUUUGUGCACAAGAAGCGUGAGGAUGGCUGGUACAAGGGGACCCUGCAGAGGAACGGCCGGACUGGCCUCUUCCCGGGCAGCUUCGUCGAGAGCUUCUGA